AUGAACAUGGAACGCCGCGAAGUCCUGGCUGGGCUCUUGUGCUCAGGCCUGGUGGCAGCAUGGGGUCCUUCCGAGGCGUACGCGCAAGUUUCCUUCGAAGAGUUCAUGGCAGAGAAGCGGAGGAAGGAGAAGCAGAAGGAGCUGAGACGGAUGCAAGCAGAGGGUCUGGUCCCCGAUGCUGACUCAAGCUCUGCUGUCGACGGAGAUAUUUCUACCGACACUCCAUCCCAGCCCUCUCAGAGCGUCCUGGAUCAGUACAAGAAUGUGAAGCCCGAGGUGGAUGCGGAUCCGCUGAAGACAGCGAUUGUGGCGAUCUUGAGGAUACAGGAAGCUACCUUGCAGGAAGCGCGCCUGAUCAACACGGGGAACUUUCGUGAUCUGCAGAGGAACAACAUCAAGAUGGCGACCAAGAUGAUGAUCGAAAACUACAAGAUGAAUGACAUCAUCACCAAAGCAUCUGCAUUCGCGAAGCCGAACCAGAUCAAUGACUGCAGUCAGAUCGGCAGAGAGGCUGUCCAGGACCUGCAGACCAUCCUCGACUACUUUGACGAGCAGCCGAGAGAGCUCAAGGUCUCAGAGCUCUCUGCGGACAAGAAGGAGUUUGUUAUCAAGGCGCUGACAUCAUGCAGACAAAAGUUGGAUCAGUUCCUCUCCUACUUUCCUACCGAGAAGAUCGCAGAGGGCAGGAAGCAGGUGAUGGAGGAGAACGAGAUGAACAGGAAGGAGCUUCCUGCCGACAUUCAGAUCUUGAACCCUGUCUUCAUGAACUAG